ACAUAUAAUGGCAGCGUGUUUAAACAGACGUGAGUAAUCAAUUUCAGAAGAUCGGUUGAAAUCAAUAACACAGGCGCCGCUGUCUGUGUUUGAUUAUUAUUCCCGCGCAGGUGGUUGCCUCACGUAAGUGUCCGUUAUUUUAAAUCACAGAUGCCGUUGGAGUUGUCGAUUAAGUUUAAUCAUCCCGAUUAAAUAUGUCAGAAAGCGACCAAACGUGUUUGCCGUUAAUAAUUUAUUACACGAGGGAGAAAUAUUACAGACAUGCCGUAAAUACAGCUGUGAAGAGUUUAAAGUUGUACGAUAAUGAUCCAGUGCUCCGGUUCUUCAAAGCUUUUGCAACUCUGAUGGAAGGUAACACACAGGAGGCUUUGAGAGAGUUUAUUCAGCUGAGAGAUCAUCCUCAUCUGUGUCUGUGUUCAACAGCAGCUCUCAUCUACGCACACAAGCGCUCUGAAGCUAUUGAUCUAGAAGCUGUGAAGCAGCUGAACUGGGAGCUGAAGCUGUCUGGAUCUGCAGCCGGUGACAAGGCGUUGUAUUACGCAGCUUGCCUUAUAACAAACAAACUGGCUUUAAACAAAAAUAUCUAG